AUGGGGGUGUUAGACCUUUUUCUCCAGUCCUCCAGUUCUGUCUCCCUGUUGGGGGCUCUGGUGGUCCUGCUGCUCAUCUACCUCAUCUCCUCCUCCUCCAACCACAGCUCAAAGGAAGACAGGAAGGAGCCCCCGGGACCCAGACCACUUCCCCUGCUGGGUAACCUGCUGCAGCUGGACCUCAAGAGGCCCUACAACACCUUACUGAAGCUUUCCAAGAAAUAUGGAUCAGUGUUCACCAUUUAUUUUGGACCCAAAAAAGUGGUGGUUCUGGCUGGAUACAAGACAGUGAAGGAAGCACUUGUUAACAAUGCAGAUGAGUUUGGUGAAAGAGAUCCGCUGUUAUUAGCACAAGAAACUACCCAAGGCCAUGGUAAGAAAAGAAAGACCAGAGCCAUUCAUUUUAACUUGCAGUCUACAUACUGGGUUUUAUGGUCCAAUGGGGAUUCGUGGAGGGAGAUGAGACGUUUUUCUUUGACAAACCUGAGGGACUUUGGGAUGGGCAAGAGGGUGUGUGAGGACAAAAUCAUUGAGGAAUGUGGCUACCUCAUGGAAGUGCUUAAGAAAUUUAAAGGACAAGCCUUCAAUACGACUCAGCCAGUGAACUACGCAGUCUCUAAUAUUAUCUGCUCCAUUGUGUACGGCAGCAGAUUUGAAUAUGAUGACCCCAGGUUUACAUCUAUGGUAGACCAAACUAACAAGAGGGUUCAGCUUCUGGGCUCCCCAUCGCUACAGAUGUACAACCUGUUCCCGUGGAUCUACAAAUGGGUUGGUGAGAAAACAGAAUUUAAAAAGCUCACCGCCUUCAUUAAGGAGCAGAACUUGGACCUGUUCAGCCGGCUGAAAGAGACCUUCAACCCACAGAUGUGCAGGGGGUUUGUGGACGCCUUUCUGGCCAGGAAGCAAAAUCUGGAGGAAUCUGGGAUGGCUCACAGUCACUUCCACAAUGACAACCUCAUGGAAACAGUCAUGAACCUGUUUGUUGCUGGCACUGAUACAACAGCAGCUACACUCAGAUGGGCACUUCUGCUUAUGGCCAAGUAUCCAGAAAUACAGAACCAGGUCCAGGAGGAGGUGAGCAGGGUGAUAGGAAGUCGUCAGGUGCAGCUCGAGGACAGGAAGAACAUGCCCUUCACAGACGCCGUCAUCCAUGAGACUCAGAGACUGGCCAACAUCGUCCCCAUGGCGGUGCCUCACAGGACGAGCCGAGACGUCACCUUCCAGGGUCACUUCAUCAAGAAGGGGACCACAGUGUAUCCUCUCCUGACGUCCGUCCUGUAUGAUGACACUGAGUGGGAGAAGCCACGCAGCUUUCAUCCCGCUCACUUCCUGGACAAAGACGGGAAGUUCGUCAAGCGAGACGCCUUCAUGCCGUUUUCUGCAGGUCGCAGGAUUUGUCUUGGAGAGAGUCUGGCCAAGAUGGAGCUCUUCAUCUUCUUCACCACCCUCAUGCAGCACUUUCUCUUCACUCCUCCACCUGGAGUUUCAGAGGACGACCUGGAUCUGACUCCACGUGUGGGCUUCACCCUCAACCCUUCACCUCACAGACUGUGUGCUGUUUCCUGUAUGUGA